AUGUAUAUUGGCAACCUCAAGUGGGACUUAUCUAAUGUACAUGCUGAAAUCAGAGCACGAAAGUAUAAUUUUACGAAUUACUUGGAUAGUGUGAAUAUGAAUGCCGAUAUUAGUAUAGACCGAUUAGACAAAGUACGACAUCAACACUACUACCAUCAACGUAGUCGAACUGGUGUUCAAAAUUUGCUAAAUUUUGCCAAUUACGAUUUCGAAGUUAUAUUUUUUUUACUGAAUGCAAAAAAUCAGGAAGCGGAUGCUCUUGAGCCGCUUGUCUGA